CAGAGACCGGCACAGUCGGCUAGUGAAUCACAAAUCCCCGUAGUGUGUGUAACGGCCGCCGUUGCCGGUGCGAUUUUCCGUCCGCUGCCGAGUGAAAGCGAAAAUUCAUUUUGAAACCAAAAUAAUAUUACACUAUAGUCACACCGUACCGUAUCAGUGCGGGACGCGAGUUCGUUAGUCGAAAUAAAAUAGUAUUCGUGUGGCCCGUAUUGAUAAAUAAGUAUAUUAUUCCGUAUUGUUUUAUUUUAAUUUCCCGUUUGUUUGUUUGUUUUUUUUUUAAACGAAUUUAUUUAUCAUGUGAUUUUUCGUCAUCGUAUAUUAUUAUUAUUGUCGUUACUUAUUAUUUUGGCAUGACGGAUUUUCCGAUGAAAGUUGUACGUCCGGACUAAAAAAUAAAUAAAUAAGGAUCAUACGACAUGUGUACAGUUACUGCCGGAUUUCUACAGUUAAGCGCUCUGUGCUUUUGGAUAAUCGCUAUAGCCAGUUCCCAAGGCAAACUGGCGACGUACACGCAGAGACCGCCACCGUCUUCGACGCCGCCGUCGGUCUCCCGACAGACCGACCGCACGUCCUCCACCCCCGGAAACGGUACCGACCAGCUGUACCCGUUUUUCGAUUACUACGUGCCACGCAACAUCACAACCACGAUUGGACAGAGCGCGUUUCUCCACUGCCGGACGGAAAACUUGAACGACAAAUCGGUAUCAUGGAUGCGGAAGAGAGACUUGCACAUACUGACGGCAGGAGUGCUGACUUACACCAGUGACCAGAGAUUCCAAGUCAUCCACCCGGAUAACUCGGACAAUUGGACCUUACUGAUUAAAUUUGCUCAACCGAGAGACGCCGGAAUCUAUGAAUGCCAAGUAAAUACCGAACCCAAAAUGAGUUUGGCAUUCCAGCUCAACGUCGUAGAGAUGAGGGCCUGGAUUUCCGGACCGCCGGAGCUGUACGUCAACGAGGACGGCGAGGUGAGCAUGCGGUGUGAGCUGAGCCAGGGCCCACACGACCUGGGAACCAUAUUCUGGUACCUGGGUAACGUGCCGGUGUUCACGGACCAGGCAAGCCUCCAGUCGAUCCGGCAACCGCGGGUCAGCGUUCACACCGAAUGGGUGGACGGACUCAAGAGCACGCUGCACAUAGCCCGGGCCAAACUCGCCGACUCCGGAAACUACACGUGCAUGCCCACGUUUGGACAAUCAGCUACCAUCAACGUGCACGUGGUCAACGGCGAACACCCUGCAGCCAUGCAGCACGGAAACCGGAGUGCGGUCAGCGGCCAGAUGACCGUCCACGUGCUAGCCCUGUUCAGCCUGGUCAUAAUGCUGUCCAAUCCGGUGCUGUUCGGACACUGAGGAAAGCAAACCGAGGAUGGCGGGGAUGCGAUGGCGGCGCCGCCGUCUCGUCCUGACCUCUCCUUCAACCCCCAAGCAUCCACAUACCCCCGCCCUCGCCGCCCUCCAGGCACGGUACGCCGCGAAAUCUUAUUUUUCUUCGUCAGCCCAGGGACGAGUAGGAAGACAACCGACCGAACAGACGCGGACGGUGUUUCUCUUCUCUUAUACAUAUUAUACUACAUACAUAAUAUAAUAUAUUAUAUUAUAACACUAUAAAAUAUAUACCUAAACAUUUCACGCGUUUAUAAUGCUAUAUAUUAAAUCCGUCGUAUAUGGUGUUUUUGGAAAAAAAAAA